UCGCUCCUUGAAUGGUUGCAACCUUCGAAAGAAUCAGUUUAACGUUGUUGGGGUCAGCAGUGGUUUCAAACAUGUCGGACAGGAGUAAGCAGCAGAGGAAGAGGAACAGAGGGACGAAGAAUGCUAUUCGGAUGAUAAAAAAACCACCCUCACAGCCAGAAGUACAAGACAUCGAGGAUGCUGUCAAGUGCUUCAGCGAAGAGGAAAUCCAGAAAUUAAGGGUUGCUCUGUUGGAGUGGUACGAUCAUAAUCGUAGAGACCUUCCAUGGAGGAGGACGUCAAGUAACAAUCAUGGCUGUGAAAAACAAGAAGAAGAAGACGACGAGGAAGUAGAUUCAAGAGCGUAUUCAGUGUGGGUCUCCGAAGUAAUGCUGCAGCAAACUAGGGUUCAGACUGUUAUUGGCUAUUACAAUCGUUGGAUGGAGAAAUGGCCUACCAUUCACGACCUUGCACAGGCCUCUCUUGAGGAAGUGAAUGAAAUGUGGGCGGGUUUGGGCUACUAUCGAAGAGCUCGUUUUCUUUUAGAGGGAGCAAAGAAAAUAGUUGCAGAGGGAGGAAGAAUUCCUAACACAGUCUCUGCUCUACGAAAGAUUCCUGGAAUUGGAGACUACACUGCAGGAGCAAUUGCCUCUAUAGCAUUCCAAGAGGCUGUACCUGUUGUUGAUGGGAAUGUGGUAAGGGUGAUUGCCAGACUAAAGGCUGUUUCUGCAAACCCAAAAGAUUCAAUAACUAUCAAGAGAUUUUGGAAAUUAGCAGCUCAACUAGUUGAUCCCCUCCGGCCCGGGGACUUCAAUCAGGCUCUUAUGGAACUUGGGGCGACUGUAUGCACCCCUUUGAACCCUAGCUGCUCCUCGUGUCCUGCAUCAAAGUUUUGUCACGCACUAUCAAUCUCUACAGAUGACAGUUCAGUACUUGUUACGGAUUAUCCUGUGAAAGGUGUAAAGGUUAAACAAAGAUCCGAUUUUUGUGCAGUAUGUGUUGUUGAGUUACUUGGAUCUGAGGGAAUGUUGGACAACAACCAAUCAAGCAGUGAAUUUAUUCUUGUAAAAAGGCCCAGUGAAGGACUGCUUGCUGGUCUCUGGGAGUUUCCAUCAGUCCCACUGGAUGGAGAAACUGAUUCCUUGGAUAGAAGAGAAGCAGCAAAUCAGUUCUUGAAAAGUAUGCUCAAAAUUGACACCAAAAAGUCCUUCAACAUAGUUUUGAGGGAAGAUGUUGGAGAAUUUGUUCAUAUCUUCAGUCAUAUUCGCCUCAAGUUAUACGUUGAAUUGCUAGUGUUACAAUUGAAAGGGCGGAAAGGUGAUUUCUUCAAAAGCCAGGGGAAUGAAACUAUAACUUGUAAAUGGGUAGAUAGCAAUGCCCUUUCAAGUACGGGACUGACAACCAGUGUAAGAAAGGUUUACAGCAUGGUCCAGAAAUUUAAACAGAAAAAUUUUCCCUCUAAGCAAGUCCCACCAAAGAAGAGAAGUAGAACCGCUCAGAAACUAACAUAGUACCCUGCAGGAGUGCAGGGAGUGCUGUGCUUAUUGAUUGCAGUUUUUCUAAAGAAAAGCUGCAAUAAUUUUUUCCACUUAAUUGUGGAAUGUGCUCUUCCCCACCAUUUUACUGUGUUGACGACAAGAACCAGAUUGGUUAGCGGUCUCUGGAUUCUUCAGACCCUUCUGUAAUUGCAUGCAUUAUAUUUUGUGAGAAGCAGAACAGAUAGAGAGAAGUGAUUUGUGUGGAGAGAAGAUGAGUCAUAACAAUUUAAUGUACGCAUGAUGUUCUUUUGAAUUAUAGCUAUCAUUUUAUGUAGAAUUCCUUUCAUUUACCCAGAA